AUGGAAGUCUCUAACCAAUUCAAGCAAGUGUUUGAGGUCAUGGAUUCAAAUGGGGAUGGGAAAAUUUCCCCUCUUGAGCUCAGUGAAGUGCUCUCAUGCCUUGGAUACAAGAAGUCCAUUGCCACAAAGGAAGCUGAAGGAAUUGUGAGAGAAAUGGAUUGCAAUGGAGAUGGUUUUAUAGACUUGGAAGAGUUCAUGAAUGCUGUGAAUAUUGAUAGGUCAAGGAAAAAUAAUAAGAAUAAGAAUAAGAGUAGUGGGUGUGGAAAUGAGGAAGAAGACUCUGAGCUCAUGGAUGCUUUUCUUAUUUUUGACACUGAUAAGAGUGGGAAAAUUUCAGCCAAGGAGUUGCAGAGGGUUUUGGUCAGCCUUGGAUGCCAAAGAUGCAGUCUUAGAGAGUGCAGACAGAUGAUCAAAGGGGUUGAUAAGAAUGGAGAUGGAGCAGUGGAUUUUGAAGAAUUUAGGUUGAUGAUGACAAGAAAUUAUGUGAGUUGA